AUUUUGUCAGUAGGCACCGCGAAAGUGUCUAGGACGGUGUUUUAGAAAAAAAAACCAAAUUAGCUUUCCCCACGAUUGAUCAAUAGACUAGAAAAGUGAUUGUAGUGUUAAAUUUGCUAAGCUCUUCUAUCCUAGUUUAAUUGUUAAGUUGUGUCUCGCGUGAGCAAAAUGCCUUUCCUAGAGCAUCUUAGUGACAACUACACGGCAGUGCUACGACCCGAGGCGCGGCUAUCGGCCGAAACCCGCUACCUCGGAUGGAAUGUUGCCCCCGAAGAUCUCCCGCACAUCCCCGAGCACUGGCUCAAGUACCCGGAGCCGGAAGCCUCCCUACACUACCUGCUCGGAUUGUUGUACAUUGCCUUCACGAUAUUCGCCCUGGUCGGAAAUGGCCUGGUCAUUUGGGUGUUUUCUUCAGCCAAAUCGCUACGUACACCGUCCAACGUAUUCGUCGUGAAUCUGGCGAUCUGUGACUUUCUGAUGAUGGUUAAAACGCCCAUCUUCAUCUACAAUUCGUUCACCAGGGGUUUCACGACCGGUCACCUCGGAUGUCAAAUUUUUGCCUUCAUCGGGUCACUAUCGGGUAUCGGUGCUGGUGCAACAAACGCGUGUAUCGCCUACGACAGGUACAACACCAUCGCACGACCCUUCGAAGGCAAGCUGACUCACACGAAAGCCAUCUUCAUUACCUGCCUGGUGUGGGCAUACACCAUUCCAUGGGCCGUUCUACCGCUACUGGAAAUAUGGGGACGCUUUGUUCCUGAGGGCUACCUGACGGCGUGUACCUUCGAUUAUCUGACCCAGACCUUCGACAAUCGCAUGUUCGUCGGUACAAUAUUCGUAUUCAGCUACGUGCUACCGAUGAGCCUGAUAAUUUACUACUACAGUCAGAUUGUGAGCCACGUCGUCAACCACGAGAAGGCCCUUCGUGAACAAGCCAAGAAGAUGAAUGUGGAAUCGUUACGCUCGAAUCAGAACCAAGCCAACACCUCGGUCGAGGUUCGAAUCGCCAAGGCUGCCAUAACGGUUUGCUUCCUGUUUGUAGCCUCCUGGACACCGUACGCCGUGCUGGCUCUCAUCGGUGCCUUCGGUGACAAAAGCUUGCUGACACCGGGAGUAACCAUGUUCCCAGCCUGUGCAUGCAAAUUUGUCGCCUGUCUAGAUCCGUACGUGUACGCCAUCAGCCACCCAAGGUAUCGCGUGGAGCUCCAGAAGAGGCUACCUUGGUUGGCGAUCACGGAAUCGGUUCCAUCGGACACGGCUUCCACCGUCACCGAAGCAACGACAACGAACACUUCAGGGCCGGUGUCCUCUUAAGUUACUGUUGUUAAGGUUUAACUUGUAUCGUUAGGUUAUACUGUUCUUUAGCAAUGCAAUCUGGAUUCACCGAUGACAACCUAGGCUAUGAUUAACUGGAUUUGAUAUAGGAUGUUUUUCGUUGAGUAAUGUUCGUUUAAAGUAAAAAAUUAUGAGAAGAAUAAAGAUAAAUUCAAUGCAUUU